AUGACAGACUAUUCAAAAUCGGAACACUUAUUUCUCGGGUUCGACUUAUCCACCCAGCAACUAAAGAUUAUCAUCACCAACGAGCAUUUGGACCCAUUGCAAACCUAUAAUGUCGAAUUUGAUUCGCAAUUUAAAGACAAGUAUGGUAUUCAUAAAGGGGUCAUCACUGGAGACGAAGGUGAGAUCGUCAGUCCAGUGGCAAUGUGGUUGGAUGCAAUUGAUUACCUUUUCACGCAAAUGAAGAACGACGGAUUUCCAUUUGAGAAGGUUGCUGGUAUCAGUGGUUCAGGUCAACAACACGGGUCGGUCUAUUGGUCCCAAGAGGCCAACAAUAUAUUGGAAAAAUUGAAUGCAGACUCGGAUUUGAGCAGCCAACUUAAAGAUGCCUUCUCAUGGGAAAUGUCACCCAACUGGCAGGAUCACUCAACCAUUCCCGAGGCCAAGGCAUUUCAUAAUGCUGUGGGUAAAGAAAACUUGGCCAAGAUUACUGGGUCAAGAGCUCAUUUGAGAUUCACUGGGUUGCAGAUACGUAAGUUUAUCACUAGAUCUCACGGUGAGGAGUAUAAAUCCACAUCAAGGAUCUCGUUGGUGAGCUCUUUUGUCACGAGCAUUUUGUUGGGACAUAUUACUGAAUUAGAGCAAAGUGAUGCUUGUGGAAUGAAUGUUUACGAUAUCAACAAGGCCGAUUACAGCGAUGAAUUGCUUGCUGUGGCUGCCGGUGUUCACACAAAAAUUGACGGUGUAGCAAAGGAUGAUCCAAAAUAUAAGCAAUCAAUCGAUAAUUUGAAGGAGAAGUUAGGGCCAAUUAAACCAAUCACCUAUGAAGCUUCCGGCUCUAUUGCAAACUACUUUGUAAAGAGAUACGGCUUUUCAAAAAAUUGCAAUAUUUACUCAUUCACAGGUGACAAUUUGGCAACAAUUUUGUCAUUGCCUUUGCAACCAAACGAUUGUUUGAUUUCAUUGGGAACUUCCACAACUGUUUUGUUGAUUACUGAAAACUAUCAACCAUCGUCACAAUACCAUUUAUUUAAGCAUCCAACAAUGCCAAAACAUUACAUGGGGAUGAUUUGCUAUUCCAAUGGAGCACUCGCUAGAGAAAAAGCCAGAGACGAAAUUAACAAGAAACACCACGUUGAAGAUCACAAAUCUUGGGACAAGUUUGAUGAAAUUUUAGAUGAAAGUACCGACUUUGAUGGCAAAUUAGGAAUUUACUUUCCAAUUGGUGAAAUUGUACCACAAGCACCAGCACAAACAGUUCGAGCUGUAUUGAAUAAAAAAUCAGAUCAAGAGUACGAAGUAGUUGCUUGUGAUUUAGGUAGCAACGGGUUUGACGUUGAUGAUGACGCAUUGGCAAUUGUUGAAAGUCAAACUUUGAGUUGCAGAUUACGGGCUGGUCCUAUGUUGAGUAAAUCUGGCUACCGGGAAGAUGAUGCUAAGGGAAGGGGCAACUCAGAUAAAGCCUCCAAAGCAAAAGAGUUGUACCAACAGGUGACUAAGAGGUUUGGAAAGUUGUAUACCGAUGGCAAAGAGCAAAAUGUGGAAACAUUAACCGCACGUCCAAAUAAAUGUUACUACGCAGGUGGUGCUUCAAACAACCUUAGUAUCAUUCAUAAAAUGGGACAAAUAUUUGGACCAACUAAUGGUAACUACAAGGUGGAGAUUCCCAAUGCUUGUGCUUUAGGAGGUGCAUACAAAGCUAGUUGGAGUUAUGAGUGCGAACAAAAGAAGGAGUUUAUCGGAUACGACGAGUAUAUUAAAAAGUUGUUUGACACUGAUACUGAGUUAGGUGGAUUCAAGGUUGACGAUAAGUGGUUGGAAUAUUUCGAUGGAGUUGGAAUGUUGGCAAAAAUGGAGGAGAAGUUGUUGAAAAUGGAAUAA